AUGCUUGGGUAUGCACUCAAUGGGUCGCCUCCUGGUGAUGUGGUUGUGGCGGUCGGUGUUAUUCUUUUUGCUGGCUAUCUACUGCAGUUCUCUUUUUCAAUUGGGUCCAAGUUGCCAUUGAUCAAUUCAAACUCCAUUUUGGAUUUUGGAAGCAUGAAGUCUCGUCGUUCCUAUGUCACUGGCGCGGCAGACCUGAUCAAAUCCGGGUUUGCUCAGUCUGCUAAGGGGUUCCGGCUGAUCACAGACAAUGGAUGCCAAGUUGUACUCCCACCGAAAUAUCUCAAUGAGAUUCGAAAUCAUCCCGACAUGAGUCGCGACAAGGCAUCCGCGAAGGAGUUGCAUUCCCAUCUUCCUGGCUUCGAGCCAUUUCGUGAAGGAUCAAAAGAUGAGCGAAUUAUGCACGAUGUUGUGCUGACGAAACUGACACGCACACUGGGGCGUGUCACAGAGGAUCUGUCAAAGGAGACUGCCUUGGUGGUUCAAAAACACUGGACUGAUGAGAAGGGUGAGUUGAAGUACAAGUUUCUGUCGGGGUUCAAAUGGAACGCUAACAUGAAGACAGAAUGGCACGCCAUAUCUCUCCGAUCUACCAUCACUCCGAUGCUGGCCCAAAUGUCCUCCAGGGUAUUCUUGGGUGAAUUUCUGUGUCGAGACCCCAGCUGGCUCCAUAUCACCAUCAACUACGCCGUCCAUGUGAUUCGCGCGACCGAAAAAUUGCGACAAUGGCCGAAGAUGCUGCGACCUUUGGUAAAUUGGGUGCUCCCUUCGUGCCGAAUGAUUCGGUCGGAUAUGAAACAGGCCCUUGGGCUAAUCACACCGAUCCUGAACAAGAGACGAGCCGACAGAGCAGAUGCUAUCAAGGCAGGAGAAGCCCCAACGCAGUACAAUGAUGCUAUUGACUGGAUGGAGGAUGUUGCCAAAGGUCGCCCAUACAAUCCAGCGAUCUCACAACUUCUGCUUUCUAUGGCUGCUAUUCAUACCUCGGCGGACAUGCUGACACAGAUUCUAUUUGACAUCGCUGCCCAGCCAGACCUGGUCAAGGCUCUGCGAGAGGAGAUAAUAACUGUGACUCGCGAGAACGGUUGGAAUAAGAUCUCACUGUACAAGUUAGUGCUUAUGGACAGUACAAUCAAGGAGAGCCAACGACUGAAGCCCGUCGCAAUCACGCCAAUGCGCCGUCUUACUACCACCGACGUUGAGUUAUCAGACGGAGUCUUCAUCCCCAAAGACACCACAAUCUUGAUCUCCGCGGAUAGCAUGUGGGAUGAGAAAAUCUAUGAAAAUCCCGAAAAGUUCGACGGCUAUCGUUUUCUCAAAAUGCGUGAUGUUCCUGGUCAACAGACUGCUGCUCAACUGGUUGCGCCUUCUCCAAUUCACUUGGGCUGGGGCUUUGGGCAGCAUGCCUGUCCCGGAAGGUUCUUUGCUGCCAACGAAAUGAAAAUUGCUCUUUGCCAAAUCCUUCUCAAAUAUGACAUCAAGCUCGAUGAGGCAUCUCUACCACAAGUCAGGCGAUUUGGAGUAUCUAUGACUGCUGAUUCAACCGCGAAUCUGCUCAUUCGAAGACGAGAAGAGGAAAUGUCCCCAGAGGACUUAGGAUGUCAGGUUUGA